GUUUUAUUAGAGGACGAUCUUGGUCCACGGUGGGAGAGAGACAGACAUUGAGAGGCAUUAUUCAGAGACACUGUCUCUCUCUCUCCCUCUCUCUCUCUCUGUGCGUGCGUGCGUGCGUGCGCGCAGCCCGCCGGUAAUUAGCUUGCAGCGUCGGAACCAAUCAAGAGGGAGAAAGACCAUUUACAUCCUCGGCUCGUCCCCAGGAUAAAGAGGUUAGACGGCGUGCGCGCGCGGGAUCCGACCCUCGGACGCAUCGGCUCACCCUUCCCCACGUUUGCAGAGUUCGUGCCGGGUGGGAGAAAAACAACAACAACAAACAAACCGCAACAAACAGCAACAAACAACCCCUAAAGAAGCGACACCCGGGAUGGACAAGAUGAACCAGAGCUCUGCGGAGGCGGAGGCUGAGACCAUCGAACCGCUGCGUUACCUCAGCAAAGGGGAGGCAGCGGCGAUCGAGACGGAGCUCCUGAGGGACUACCGCUUCGGACAGCAGCAGCUGAUCGAGAUCUGGGGGCAGGCCUGCGCCCUCGCCAUCACCAAGGCCUUCCCUCUCGGCUCCCUGGCCAAGAAGCAGCCCACGGUGCUGGUGAUCUGCGGCCCGGAUCAGAACGGCUCCAUCGGCCUGGUGUGUGCCCGACACCUGCGCAUGUAUGAAUACGAGCCCACCAUCUACCACCCUCAACGCUCCUCUCAGAGUCUACACCAGGACUUCACCGUCCAGUGUGAGAAGAUGGACAUCCCCUCGCUCUCCUAUCUCCCCACGGAGGUGCAGCUCAUAAACGAUGCCUACAACCUGGUGAUCGACGCCAUGAUGGGCCCAGAUGCAGACUGUGCCAACCUCAGAGAGCCCUACCCCGGCAUUCUGGUCACCCUCAAGCAGAUCAAGAUCCCCAUUGCCAGCGUGGAUGUGCCCUCAGGUUGGGACGUGGAGGAACCGAGUCAGGACGGCAUCAACCCAGAAGUCCUCAUCUCACUCACGGCACCAAAGAAGUGCGCCAGAGGUUUCUCUGGGAAGCAUUUCUUAGCCGGACGGUUCCUGCCCUACGACAUCCAGAAGAAAUACGACCUUAACCUCCCGGACUACCCCGGCACAGACUGCCUCGUAGAGUUGUAACGUAUGGUGGAAGCAUAAGAGCAAGAGUGACCACUCCUCAAUUUCUAAAACGUCCAGUUGAUCCCUCCUAUUGUUUUGUAUUUUAUAGAUUGUUAGCGUGAUUUAAUGUUUAACAGCUCAGUUGUGUCCGGCUGCACCUAAAGGCCGAAUGUGCUGUUGAGCUGCAGUUAGAAGGAUGGGCCCCCGGUUUGAGUCUUUUUAGGCAACGGCAUGAGUUUUUGUGUCAGUCUACUUGUAAAAGCUGUAGCAUUACACUGGUUACUUUGCAAAAGACAGAACUGUUCAAUCAGAGAGAUGAAUUUUCUAUUAACCACUGGGAUGUUGUUGUUUUUUGUUUUUUUCUUCAAAACUUUUUUAAUGUUCAUGUUCGGAUGAUUUUGCGUUUCACUUUCUACUGAAAUGUGCUGCUGAGAUUAAGUGUUGUGUAUGGGGGCCAUUUAUAACUUUCUGUUUGAGUGUUGGGUUACUUUAGUCAACCUGCACUUUAAUUUAUUCAUUAGCGGUUACAAAAGGCCCGGAGAGUUCUCGUUGUCAUUAAAAAAUAAAAAUCCUGAAGCCUU